GAAUAAUAACAACCUCAAUGAUAAGAUAAAAUCUGAGUCAGAUUGCGAAACUUCUAACUAGCGAUACAGGUGGAACUGUCGUUAAAGAGCCCAUAUUGCAUCAUUUCAACAUAUUUUUAAGGAAAUUAUACGGAGUAACAAUAAGCUGUAAAUAAGGAUAUAUGAAUCGAAUAUAGAAUAUAAUAGAUGUAGGUACUAGCGCCAUCUGGUUCCAUAUACUACUAUCAACCAAGAAGUAAAUGAAAAUUCAUCAUGUGAAGAUUGUGUUUAAAAAAAUGUCCUGAAAGCUUUAUAAAUCGUUUCAGGAUCCACUGGCCUACAUUUUAAACCAGUCCCUAUUGUCCCUUAUUUUACAAUAAGUAUGAAUAGAUGCUUGGUAAAUAAUAGAUUAUAAACUCGCAUCUACGUAACAAACAUUAAAUCUAAUAAACAAUGUAUUUCAUUGGUCGUACAUGAUCCCCAGGAAAUCCUUCGCGUCUAAUUUAUCUUUUUAUUCAAAUAUACGCAAAGAUAUUAUGCGGUAAGAUUGUUAUGUCAGUCACUAGUCAGACAUAGAUCACAUCGCUGCAUCGCUAUUAUGAGAUAAAAAAAACAAAUGAAAAUGAAUGUCACAGAAAAAGAACAGUUGAUUGCUAUUCAGCCGAGUAAUUUAGAGGAAGUCGAAAAUGGAACUGGAGGCGAAACAAAUAAAAAUCAGCGGCUGUGUAGAAAUCAUCAAAAAAGAAUAUCGGGAAGAAAAAAACCAAAUCGUGCAGUUUUUAAAACCGGCCAUUUUAAUUUGGAAAGGUGGAAGAAAUCUAAAUAUCAUGUGUUCCCCGAUAUUGUGCAAGCCUUUAUAGACGCUCAGUGGAGAUGGACGAUACUACACUGUAUACUUACUUAUUUAAUAAUUUGGUUAACAUUUACUGGCAUUUGGUGGGUUAUUUUGGACCUACAUGGUGACUUUGAACCGGAACAUUUGCCAAACGCACUCAACUCCACUGAAUGGCUACCUUGCGUGAAAGAAAUUUAUGGAUUUACGUCAUUAUUCCUCUUCAGCAUCGAAAUCCACACAACCAUCGGCUAUGGGAAAAGAUCAAUUACUCUAGAAUGCCCCUCAGCUAUGGUAACAAUGUGCAUAGAGAGUAUUAUCGGAACAAUUUCACAAGCAUUUAUUAUUGGUAUUGUAUUUGCGAAGUUAACAAGACCGAAGAAUCGCGCCCAAACACUACUAUUCUCGAAGAAUGCCGUCAUCAACCAACGGGAUCGCAAUUUGUGCUUAGUAUUUAGAUUCGGCAACACCAGAAAGUCCAGAAUAAUAGCUGGCAAUGUGCAUGCCUACCUGCUUAGACACAGCAGCACCGAGUUAUUAGAAAACCAAAUAAAAUUGGAACUAUCGUUAGAUUCCAGUGAGAACAUCUCAUUCCUGUUUCCAGUGUUUGCAGUACAUAAGAUUGAUGAAAGCAGUCCACUCUACUCUAUGUCAGCAUCUGAUCUAUUAAAAGCAGAAAUGGAAAUCAUUGUCGUUUUCGAAGGUACCAUUGAAUCAACGGGACAGCCUGUUCAAGUAAAAUCGAGCUAUACAGCUCAAGAAAUAUUAUGGGGUCAUCGAUUUGUCAACAUGAUUGAAUAUCUAGAAUAUAAACAUGGUUUCGAAAUAGAUUAUUCUAAAUUUGAUGAAACCAACUCUGUUAACACGCCUCUGUGUUCAGCUCGACGACUAAACAUUUAUUAUAAAAAUAAAUAAAAUAAAAUCAAAAGUGCCAUAGUAUGCUAACUUUAUUAAAGUGAUAAAAAAAAACAAAAAGUAGUUUUAACUCAUGACCUCUUUUUUAAAUAAGGAUGAACGAUAAGUAUCAAUUUUCGCAGUUCUAAAAGAUGUUGAUGAGUUUUCCUCGUGGCUGUUAUUUUAUUUUCAAGCGCAGUCACUAAUAGCUUUACUGCUGUUAACUGAUUGUUGCAUGUUUUCAAAUCUCUAUUAAAUUCUACUAACAUUUUAUUUG